UUGAUUGCAGCAGAUGACCAAGAAAGCUGCUUGUGGGGGACACGAAAAUUCUUCUGAACUUUGGGAGAUCUGGAGUACUAAGUUUUGGCCAUAGAAGCCGAGCCUUGCUGGACAGAGGUAAUCUACCUGGGCUACAUCCUGAAGGCAGGGCAACGGUGGCUGUCUCAGGCACAAAAAGAAACUGUGCUUAACAUCCCAGACACCCCGGCAGGUCAGAGAGUUUCUGGGAUCUGCAGGGUUCUGUAGACUUUGGAUACCAGGCUUUGCAGAGCUAGCCAGACCCCUCUAUGAGGCUACAAAGGAAACUAAGGAGUUUAAGUGGACACCAGGCCACCAACAAGCCUUUAAAAACUUAAAAAGGGCCCUACUCUCAGCUCCAGCCUUAGGGCUACUGGACAUAGCCAACCCCUUUCACCUUUAUGUGGAUGAACAUAAGGGCAUUGCAGAAGGGGUCCUAAAUCAAACUGUAGGGCCAUGGAAAUGGCCUGUGGCAUAUCUGUCCAAAAAGCUUGACCCAGAAGCAGCAGAAUGGCCCCCAUGCUGGUGCAUAAUCGCUGCCACUGCCUUGUUGGUGAAGGAUGCUGAUAAAUUAACUCUGGGACAGAACCUCACUGUUUCUGCUCCCUGUGCUGUAGAGGGAGUCCUGAAACAACCCAGAUAGAUGGCUCAGUAAUGCCAGCAUGACACAUUGUCAGACUUUGCUAAUACAUCCUGAGGAAUACUUUUCAGCCACCUUCCUGCCCGAUCCAGAUUUGGGCCCACCAUUACAUGACUGCUCCGAAGUCCUGGCCCAUGUGCAUAGUACUAGGGUAGAUCUGAUGGACAGAUCACUCUUGGAUCCCUGACGGGAGCAGUUAUCUCCAACAUGGCCAAAGGAGGACGGAUACCGCAGUGACCACGGAAACGGAGGUAAUUUGGGCUCAGCCUCUGCCCCUGGCAACUUCAGCCCAGAGGACUGGAUUAAUUGCUUUAACUAAGGCCUUAACCCACGGGCAAGGAGGACCAAUCGGUUAACAUCUUUAUGGAUAGCAGAUAUGCUCUUGCUACUGCUCAUAUGCCUGAGCCAUCUAUCAGGAGAGGGACUACUAACAGCUGAAGGAAAGACCAUCAAGAACAAGGAGGAAUGUUUGCAAUUGCUGAAAGCACUCUCAUUACCAAAGAGGCUUGUUGUCAUUCAUUGUCCAGACAUCAAAAAGGGAACACCACCAUAGCCAAAGGAAACAACUUGGCUGAUAAGGCUGCCUGAGAGGCUGCCUUACAGGACCUGGAUACCAUCCUGUCCAUCAACCUUCCUGACUGUGGAGACCCCUGCCUACUGGAAAAGCCCGAUUAUACUCAUGAGGAGGUCAAAUGGGCCAAGAACUUUCACAUGAGCCAACUUCUUGAGGGAUGGUGGAGGUCUCCAGAAGACUCGUGUUCCUGCUGGUCUUCUGGGGGUCUUGCCAUCUGGAUAUAUGAGAAAAGCACAUAACCUGAGAAGAAUAUAACCCAGGCGACUAGUAUCGACUUUGCAAAUGGCUCUCUUUUGUCAACUCUCAAGCUUUUCUAGAAUGCUAUGAACAUUUGCCAACGCUGUUUUUCAAAAAAGAGAAAGGGCUGUGGAUUCUUCCUAGGAAUAGAGACAUCCACGGUGGCUUUCAAUGCCUAACGUUGCUGAAACUGGAAGAUCCACGGACUCUGGGCAUGGUGACCACACAUCUGGGAACAAGUCCCCGGAAGAGGACCUACAAGGGGCUGUAAAAUCUUUCUGCACAAGUGUUGUGGGAGUGCCUGUGGGCCCCAGAGGAGAUGGGCAUUAUCCUUCAAGCUGUCCAGUGACUCAUACUCGGGAAAAAAUUUAUGCCAUCUGUUCAGACUAUGCCUUCCUCAACCAGGCAACCUCGAUCUACAAAACUCCCAGCCCAGCCCUCUCUUCUUGCCUCCCCGGUAAUACCUCUCAUUCUGCUGGAAAUAGCUCAAGACAUAUUGGUAUCCCAGCCAGUACAUCAGAAAUAACCUAUAAAGAAGAAAAUAGCUUGGAAAACUUAUCCACCAGCUUGGGCAAGCUACCUCUCGCAUGGGAAAUUGAUAAAUCUGAAUUUGAUGGGGUGACUACACAUCUGAAACAUAGAUCAGGCAAUGCAAAGAAACAAAUUUCCAAGAAGAAAACUUCAGAUAAAAAAGGGCUGCAUCAGAGAGAGUGUCCCCACCAUUUUCCUCUUGAAGAUGUUAAACAGCGCAAAGUGUUAGACCUCAGACGAUGGUACUGCAUAAGCCGACCACAAUACAAGACUUCAUGUGGUAUCUCCUCAUUGAUUUCUUGUUGGAAUUUCCUGUACAGCGUAAUGGGAGCUGGGAAUCUCCCACCUAUUACCCAAGAAGACGCAUUACAUAUUUUGGGCUUCCAACCCCCAUUUGAAGACAUUAGGUUUGGCCCUUUCACUGGAAAUACAACACUCAUGAGAUGGUUUAGACAAAUUAAUGACCACUUCCAUGUGAAAGGAUGCUCUUAUGUUCUAUAUAAGCCCCAUGGGAAGAACAAAACAGCUGGAGAAACUGCUCCUGGGGCCUUGUCAAAAUUAACCCGAGGAUUGAAAGACGAGUCACUGGCUUAUAUCUACCAUUGCCAAAACCAUUAUUUUUGUCCAAUUGGCUUUGAAGCAACCCCUGUUAAAGCUAAUAAAGCAUUCAGCAGGGGCCCUCUCUCACCACAAGAAGUAGAAUAUUGGAUUUUAAUUGGAGAGUCAAGUAGAAAACAUCCUGCCAUUCAUUGUAAAAGAUGGGCAGAUAUUGUCACUGACCUAAACACACAAAAUCCAGAAUUCUUAGAUAUCAGACAUCUAGAGAGGGGGCUGCAGUUCCGGAAAACAAAGAAGGUUGGAGGAAAUUUGCAUUGCAUCAUAGCAUUCCAGAGACUCAGUUGGCAAAGAUUUGGUUUUUGGAACUUUCCAUUUGGAACCAUUACACAAGAUUCACAACCUCCCCAGGGAAUUGCCAAAUCUGAGAGCGAGGACAACAUCUCUAAGAAGCAGCACGGGCGUCUGGGCAGGUCCUUCAGUGCUAGUUUCCAGCAGGACUCAGCAUGGAAGAAGAUGUCUAGCAUCCAUGAGAGAAGGAACAGUGGCUACCACAGCUACGGUGAUUACAAUGGUAAUGACUGAGCGUGUGGAAACCGAAGCACCGGUGUCUCCCACACAGCUGUUAUGUUCAGGAGCGCAUUAAGACUUCAGAUGGUUUCUUAAAGUCUAGCAAUAGGAACAGAUCUUGUGGUACAAAACAUAACCUGUAGUUCUCUAGUAAAUAAGCAUACAUAUGAUUACAAUGGGUGGCUUCAAAUAGGCAGGCAGGUAAAAAAAAAGAUUACUGCUCUUUUAAAAUUGAAAGCAGAUAAGCAAUCUGGACAAAGGGUUUUUAAAAAUCCGAUAAAAUCAUAACUGCUUCAAAGCAAAACCACAAAUGCACUUAACAGAAUUAAAACUUGAACUAUUUAAGCAUGAAGUGAUUUAUUAAAACUUGAUCCCUAGCUAUUAAUUACAGAUACUUUGAUUCCUAAGACCAAUUUGCAAGGCACCAUCACCUGCCCUUAACAAAAUGGGGGCUGUCAAGUUGUAGUUUUUACUCAUGGUUAAAGUUCAUUUAAAAGUAUCUUGCUAGGCUAGUUGUUCUUUCAGUGGUGGCAGUAUCCACCUCACCUCCGUGCUUUCCUGAAUAACUAUCUCAGGAUUCUUGACAGAGAAGCAGAAAAGUACUCAAGAAACUGACCUUUUCUAUAGGUGCAGGUGGGGCACUGAUUCUGGUACUCUUGACUUUGCACAAGAAGAAUAGGCCCUGAACAAUGUCUGAAGGUCUAGAACACCUUGUUUUAGGCAUGCAGUUACAGAGCACUUGGAAUCUAGUUUCUACAUCCAUGGUAAUAUGUGCAGUGAGAUCUGAUACUUUAUUGGUCUCUUAAUGGAGUCACGUGUUAAACAGUGCUGAAGACAUGUUGGCGAUAUUCAGCUCACUCUGAGGACAACUCUCUAUUCUCAAUUCUGAGCUGUUUCUUUUUGUGAAACAUCCAGUUGUUUGAAGUGUGUGUUAAAUAUUUCAGAUGUGUGAACUCAAUACUUGAGCUCCUCUUUAGCUGCUGUUUUUCUUUUGCUGCAAUGUGUGACUUCCAUUGUUCUUUCAUGUAACAGGAUCAUUCCAAGAUUCAAGUCAGUAACUUGGUGAUUACAGGGUGCUGAGUAUGUUAGAACCAUAUUGCAAUACACCUCAUCGGGAGGUUUCAGAUUUUUAUUUUUAAAACAUUUUCAUUUGUCUCUUGAAUUUUAUAUAUAUUUACCCACUCAUACAGCUUAGUGUACAGAAAGGGCUUUAUAUGACAAAAUGGUCCUGUUUCUGAAGAGAUUAUUUAGCUUGAAAUGCAAAAGCCUGAAAGAUUUGUAGGUUGUUGAUUUUGUUAUUUCAUACUGGAACUUUUAAAAUGUUUUCAUCAAAUAAAGUUGUUUUUUUUUUUUUACUCGUGAAUAUUAACGUCUGUUUUGUAGUUAGGGUGUAUCCUUGGAACUGUGUGAAGCAUAUGAUAAUUUGGCAUUUCCAUGUAAUUAGUGUUACAAGAAACAUGUUGCAAUUUUUAUAAUCAAUGAAACAAUGUGAUAGGCUGAUGACUUAUACUUCAUGCUUGCUAUUUUCCAAAUACUUGGAUACUGAUUCUCUAGUACUUCAUAACAUGAUACGGAAAAAUUUUCAUAUUAGGUUGAACCAAAUGAGGUUGUAAUUUUUGUGGAUCAAGUGUGUUUUCAAUGUAAGCUGUUUUUUAAUAGUUCAAUUGAAUAUUUCAAUGAAAUAAGUUUGAAGAGCUAAGAGGAAAGAAUACAAAUGCAAAAUAAAAUAGAAACCUUAACAAAAUGACAGCUGAGGAAACACGAGUUUAUUUCCUACAUACUAGUUAUAUGCUCUAUAAAAGCAGACUGAUGUGUGAGCACUUAAAACUUCAACUUACAAAUUUAAGUUACUGUUUGAAUUCAGUGGGAGGUUUUUAUCUUUUUGGGGGGUUAAGUAGGUAAGAGAAUCUGAAUACUUAUUUUUGAAAACUAGUAAUAUUCCUGUCCUAUUUGCUAGUCAACCCUUUUUCUAAUGAAUGAUAACUGGCUCUGAAAUUACUAGUUGUUUCACCUGUGAGAUUAUGUGGUUUGAAGAAAAAGAUGUACUAAUGAAUAUAGUAUUUAGAAUAGUGGUUGGAGGGCAGGAAAGCAAUUUAAAUGCUUGUUAUAAUAAUUAUUUUUAAAAAAUGUGCUUUUAAUUGAUUAGUUUAUAGAGACUGUUAAAUUGAAAAGAGCAAAUGUAUGUCAAAUAUACACUCCUCGGUUUCUUUUC